GGAUUUGUUUUGUUUUUUAUUUUUGUUUUUUGUCUUCACUGAUCCCAGAGUUGCUGAGAGAGUCUUAUUGAUCGUUAUAACACCAAACCCUUCAUUUAGCUUUACAGAUUGGGAUUCUAAGUUGCAGCAAACGAUGGUAGAGAUGUUUCCUUUAAGAUCAGCAGAUGCUGCUUACGGAAAGAUCAAAUCUAUGCUCUCUACUCUUGGUGAUACUUUUACUCGGAUCAUUAGCCCAAAGGAGUACCAAAGUUUCAGAAUUGGUAGUGAUGGGAACCUGUAAGGUGUUGGUCUUUUCAUAAACUCAGAACCAGGAACAGGUUACCUGAUUCGCCUCCCUAUUGAUGAAGACCGGUGAACACAAAACGUCUAGGAGAAACUACGACGCGACCCGAGCUUACGCUCUCUCCAAGCUAGCCAACGUUCUCCACACGAUAGAGCUUUCCCUGGUUCUCCAUAAAAUGGAUGCUAAUGUAACUGCAAACUGUGUUCAUUCUGGAAUCGUGAGAACGCGUCUCACAAGAGACGGAGACGGCCUCAUCACUGAUUUUAUCUUUUUCUUGACCUCCAAGCUUUUGAAGUCCGUUCCUCAGGCAGCAGCAACGACAUGCUACGUAGCAGCGAGUCCGAAAUUGAGGAACGUGUGCGGCAAAUACUUUUCAGAAUGUAAUGAAGCUCGGACUUCUAAAUCCGGAUCGUGCAAUCAUAAAGCUCAGAGACUGUGGACUGCUUCUGAGUUGUUGGUUACUCCACCUUCCACUCCCAAUGUCCGAAGUAGCCUUGCAACGUCCUAAUUCUGUUUGAGCUUUGACUAUUUUCUUCAUUUUACAUCUUCCCGUGUUGUUGUUUUUUUCUUCCUGCAAACAUAUAUUUAAUUGGUUAAGUUUUUUUCCAACCUAAAUUAAUAAUGAGGAUAUGUUUUUGCCA